GAUGGGAAACGACCAAAAUGUUCACCAUGUCAACGCAUUGUGCGUAACUGUCAUUGGAUUCAAGAAAAAGACACGAUAGGAGCCCCGGGGGUUCCAGUCUAUCAGCCAAGCCCUUUGAGCUCAUCUGCUCACCAUGAAACCGAAUAUCCCUCUACAGAACAUCCUGAAUAUGCCUUACAGGACCAGCAAGUUGCCAAAUUGUUCCGCCACUAUAUAGGAACCUUGGCCGCAUGGUAUGAUCUGAAUGACAGCAAGCGCCAUUUCAAGGAUGUCGUUCCCAUCAGGGCUCGAUAUAAUCCGCUAUUGCUCAGCGCCAUUCUCGCAUUUGCUGCUGCCAACCAACAUCGCACCCUAGCGGAAGACAGGUAUCUCGAGAUUGCUGAAUUCUACCACUAUGACAGUGUGCGGAGAUUAAUCUCCCUGACUAAAGAUAUUAAUGGAAUUCCACUUGGUGAAACACUUGCCGCCAUCUGUCUUUUGCGAUCUUACGAAAUUAUCACACAGAACGUUAGCUCUCAGAGUCACUUGCAGGGAUGUUAUUCACUACUGGCAAGUCGGCAUAUCCAUCUCACGACAGACCUACUCAGCGCUGGCUAUUGGAACUACCUACGAGAAGAUAUCACAGUGGCUCUCAUAGAGCAACGUGGUCUAAUGAUUACUCUUUCUGACCAAAAUGCCCCAUCAGAACCUACAGAGGAUGCGGACUUUGCUAAUCAUAUCACAUUCUUGCUCGGCAAGAUCAUCAACCGGUGUCUUUCGGUCGACUCACAAGCAUUGACCCCCUUCGAAUGGGAAGCUAUGAAAUCCGAUCUUGAUAAGUGGAAAUCAUCACUGCCGUCAUCUUUUGACACUAUACAAACCCCUGAGCUCGGGAAACAGAGGAAUUUCCCAUCUAUUUGGGCAAUUCGAAGCUGGCAUGUUUCCACUCUCCAUUACUACCAUACCGCCAUGGGAAUUCUAUGGCUGGCCCAGCCUGUCGCUCAACCCCUGAAAGCUCUACAACGUAUCAAUGAUAUGGAAUGUCUGCAGCGAAAAUUGGAAUAUCAUGCAACUGAAAUUUGUGCCCUGGCUCUUUCAAGCGACUCAGCACCAGUCUGGGUCAAUGCUUUUGGUCCAAUCGCAUUUUGCUCCCCUUGGCUUCAUGAUACCCAGAAGCGGGUGGAAAUGGCACAAGAGUUAGAAAAGUGGGGGAAGGUGACUGGAUGGCCAGUUUCCAUUAUAGCAGAGGCUCUUUCUCCGCCUUCAAACACGACCCAUUGA